GAGGGUUGCCCCGUUCCCUGCCGGAUCGACCAUGUCGCCAUGGCACGGCCCUGGUUGCUGCUGGCCGGUCUCAGCGCCUUCAUGGGCUCCGUGUCGAUGGUGCUCUACAUGGGCCACCUCACCUUGUGGAGCGGACGGCGCAGCUCUGGACGGCGAUCGAAGGCGACUUCGAAGACACCGCUUCUCGCAAAAACGAGCGAGAAGCGUUUGCUGGCGAUGCAUAUCAUCGAGCAAUUCGGUGGCGCUUCCUCCAGUUUGCUGCAGCUCUUGCUCUUGGCCCAGCGCAGCUCACGUCGCGCCGUGCUGCCAGGGGUCGAUGCCCGGAGCAACGAUGGCUCGGUGUUGAAAUCGUUUGACCACCGUCAUGUUGAAGACUUGGACCACUUCUUGGACCUCUCCGCUUUGGCGCCUAAAACCGGCACCGGAAACGGCACCAGAAGCCGUCCACCCAUCUCCUUCCGCUCGCACCUGGCAACGUUCGGUGCUCGCUUGGACGCGGUGAUGAUCUUUGUGAACCCACCAGAAAGGAGGAAGGGACCAUUCAGUAAUCUCACAAAGCAGCUGACACAGAAGUUGAAUGAAGGGCAGCGACUCGUAGUGAACUGCAGCUGGAUUUGGACUGCUUGCUUGCGCCAUCCAACGACCUGUAGCAAGAUCUUCAUGGUGGGCCGCUACGAUUUUCGAGGACUGGAAACCUGGAGCUUGGCGCCCCAUGCGCCGGUGCUGUGCUUCGGACAUGACUUUGUGCAGAAGAACAGCUCCGUGGGCGCUUGGCUGGAGAAGAACUUGCAAGAAAAAGCACUGGUGGCCAUACUGAACUGGGUGGGGGUUCGACCCACUCCUUCCUGUGAACCCUUGCGUCUUUGCUCCACCAUCUCGGAUGCGCGCGGGACCAAGCCCAGCCUGGAGAGUCAUAUCCGGGAGAAUCUGAAGCUGAGCUCCACCGUGCACCGCUACGCUGCACAGUUCUUGGCAGAGCAUCAGUUGCAGAGCUACAACGCCGUUCAGAUGCGCGCGGAAAUGGUGCUCCAUCAUCGAUACCUCAGUGCGAGCUGCAACGACAGUGGGGUGUACACCUGGUUUUCAUCCUUGAAAGAACUUUUCAGCAACAAGGAAACUUGGUUUCGUGCCAGGGAUUUGAAGAAGGGCGGUUCCUCCACUCUGCAGUGGUUUGACAAUCAGAGCAGGAAUACCCUGAUGAGAUUGGAGGCCGAGGUAUGGCAAAGCUCGCCCGCGACGUUUUUGGACUACGAUUGUACAUCACUGUCACCCGUGAUGUGCCUCUUGGUCGAUGUGGCGCUCCUCUCUGGCGCCGAGCGUCUCGUGCUGCUCGGCGGCUCGGGCGGCGUGGCCGCGCUGGUGCGCACCGAGCGCCUGCGGCGCCGGAAGCCGCUGGAGAGCAUCAUCCACAGCAUGCUGCAUUCAGAAGGAUGCAGCCCAUCCAUGCCCAAUGGCUGAUUGUUUCAUGGAAUCCCAUGAAAUACACCACCCUUGUCAACAUCACGCUGAACAUCCUGACCAUCAAUGACCAGAAGCUGAGAAGACUUGGCACACAUUCAACCGGACUCUACUGAGUAGAUGUCCGGAUUAGACUGAGUAGACUCCAGUCCGGAUUCACCAGGUCUUCUCACUUUCGACCAAAAGCUCCGGCUUCGUUCUCUUGCCUUCUCUCGCCUCCGGCCUUCCUUCGGCCUUCGAAGAGCAGAGAGAGGUUGGGUCCGAGCGGAGAGCCGUUCCGGACUUCCACAGAGAUCGAGCGAUCUGGAAGAGUCGGAGUCUUUUGAGGUCGAGUCCAGUGGAUUGGACCAGGAGUGUGUCAAGGGACAGAGCUUGCAGGUGCAGUUCGUAAGAAGCAC